AAGGGCUGCACCAUCAUGCCAUUAAAUCCCCAACUCGUAUUUUUCGCUACCUUCCUCUCUUCCCUGAUCUCCCUCGUCUAUCUCUGGCGCUCCUUCGACCUUGCGAAUCGUCUCAGCACUCUCAUCCUAAUUGGACUUCCAAAGGAUCCUGAACAUCCGCAAAUGGGCUCUCAUACUUUCCAGGACUUUUUCAAUCAGUUCACGUCGCUCACCGCUGACGAUGUCCUUCUAUUCGCCAAGUCUCCCGCCGUCAUUGCCAGUGCCGUUGUCGUCGUAGCUACUUUGCUCUUCACCACCCUCAAAGGCAAACGUAGGCCUGUACUCGACCCGACCAAAUGGCAAGAAUUUACUCUAGUUCAGAAGACUGAGGUCUCUCCCAACACCGCAAUUUACCGCUUUGCUCUUCCAAACAAAAAUGACGUUCUUGGUCUCCCCAUUGGCCAGCACAUCUCUAUUUCGGCUGAAAUCAAUGGAAAAGAGAUCAUGCGAAGCUAUACUCCCAUCAGCAGUGACGAUGAUCUCGGUUAUUUUGAACUCCUCAUCAAGUCCUACGAGAAAGGAAACAUCUCUCGCCUCUUUGGUCUUCUCCAAGUCGGUCACAAAGUUCGCGUUAAAGGACCCAAAGGACAAUUCAAUUACCACCCGACUCUAACCGCCUCCAUUGGCAUGAUUGCCGGAGGUACUGGAAUUACCCCCGUCCUCCAAAUCAUUCGCGCAGCCCUCAAGAACCCUCUCGACCGGACCAAGCUUUCCCUCAUCUACGCCAAUGUUAACGAGGAAGACAUUCUUUUACGUUCAGAGCUUGAGAAUUUGGUCGAGAAACACUCAAAUCGGUUCAAAAUCUAUUAUGUUCUCAACAACCCCCCCGCAGGCUGGACUGGUGGAGUCGGUUUCGUGUCUAAGGACCAGAUCGAGACACACCUACCCAAGCCCAGUGACAAUUGCAAAGUCUUGAUGUGUGGACCCCCUCCGAUGAUUACGGCUAUGAAGAAACAUCUUGAUGAAUUAAAAUACCCUCCCCCUCGCACUGUUAGCAAACUCGGCGACCAGGUCUUCAUCUUCUAGAUCCGGUAGUGCCAUGAUUCGAAACAGACGUUGAGCAGUCAAAGAUCGGCCCAACUGUCAGGUAUUUUCCCGGAUACACUUUUCCGAUCUGUUUAGCAUACCUAAUUUAAGUGUCAAUAUCUAGUCUACCUAUCCGUAUAGAUUCACUUUGAGACCUGGGCUGGACGAAUGGUGAAACGACCAAGUAUAUGGGUUCAAUUUCAGGUCUCAACGCAGUACAUAGCCCGCCCAAAACUUCUAUACCUGUUGUUGAGGUUGUGCGGCCGUUUGAGCUUUGGUAAUAAUCAAUUGAAGUAACAGUGCGAUCGGGGCCUUCCUUAACAGUUUGUCGACAACUUUUCCCGUGUUCAUGUCUCACUGUUCCAUUCAAGAGAGUUGUACACGUAUGCCUUCACUGGGUGCAUCAUCGAUAUCAGAAGCAUGCGCAUAUGCGCCGCCCCCGGAAGGUUGCGCAUAUUUCAUCUGACAUCGUCAGGACCUGAACCCAAACCGCGUUCCAGCAUUCCAACCUGAUAGAUUCCGAUACGCUAUGAAGGAUGGCUCCAGGCUCUGUAAAUCUCCAGACCACCGUUGAAUUCAAGUGACGCAAACGUUUCAGGGCUAGACAAAACAAGUUUGAUUCAUAAAUUUGGAAUACAUCGAGUUUCAUUGAGACUAUAAAGAGUUAUCAGAAUAAACCUUUCGACAAAACACAGAACUAGAACCGACGUGUUCCUGAUAACAUCAGCCAUCUCCAUUCCGAGUUCAAACACCUUCUCAGUUGGCUCCCGGUGAGAAUUCCGUGCUAGCUGGAUAGCGGAAUCGUAGUAGUGUAGCGGCGUCAAUUCAUCCUCGUCCGCGGUGAGGAGAGGUAAGAUAAACCGGAAGUGGUGAAGCAUGCGGUCAUGAGGCUUUCGUUUUGGAUGGGUCGGUAUUACGAGGUGAGCAAGAGCAUCUGCGGGAGUCGGAUGGCUUGGGUGAACAUAUACUGGGUGAGGGUGGGUAUAAUGAUCCACGAACCAAUCUCGGGUAUCGUUUCUAGAAGCGCCUUUCGAAACCGCACACCCUCAUACUUCGUGCCUGUGUAAAAGAGAGCACUGACCAUUUGUACCCCCGGAGAACAUAUAGGACUCGUACCUGGUCUGCCCCACCCUUCGUGGUACACAUCUUUGGGUUCAUUCUGCAGCGCUAUCAAACAUGUCCGGACGUAUUCCAGAGUGACAUAUUCAUGUACAGACUGAAUGAAAAAG